AUGAUUGGUGUACACUGUAAGGAACUCCUGUCAUCAUUACCAGGUGAGUACGGUGUAACAGGUGAACACGGUGUAGCAGGUGAACACGGAAUAACAGGUGAACAAGGAGUAACAGGUGAACACGGAAUAACAGGUGAACACGGUGUAACAGGUCAACACGGAGUAACAGGUGAACACGGUGUAACAGAUGAACACGGUGUAGCAGGUGAACACGGAAUAACAGGUGAACAAGGAGUAACAGGUGAACACGGAAUAACAGGUGAACACGGUGUAACAGGUCAACACGGAAUAACAGGUGAACACGGUGUAACAGGUGAACACAGUGUAACAGGUGAGCACGGUGUAACGGGUGAACACGGUGUAAAAGGUGAACACGGUGUAACAGGUGAGCACGAAAUAACAGGUGAACACGGUGUAAAAGGUGAACACGGUGUACCAGGUGAGCACGGAAUAACAGGUGAACACGGUGUAAAAGGUGAACACGGUGUAACAGGUGAGCACGGAAUAACAGGUGAACACGGACUAACAGGUGAACACGGUGUAACAGGUAAACACGGUGUAAAAGGUGAACACGGUGUAACAGGUGAACACGGUGUAACAAAGCACAACCAAGUUUACACAGAGAUCGUCUACCUCGCCGGGGCAUUUCAACAUUAUUUUCGUAUGCUCACACAUUUUUACCCUUUCUCUGACAUCGGAUUUGCAUUCUAUGCAUCAAAACGAACACAUCAGGAAAGAUGCCGCCAAAAAGAAUUCCGAGUAAUAGAGUCCCCGUGUCCCAGUUAG